CGUAUUUUCUCAGGUUUUCUUCGUUUCCGUGUCGUGCCCUCAAACUUUUAGAUUGUCCCAUCCCCUAUCCCUCUGUUCUUCUUCUUAAGAGGAAAGGAAUAGGAGAGUUUAAGAUCUGAUCGGGAAAAGGAGGAACUUGUGGCUGUUUGAAUCAUUGGAUCCGAGUUUCGGCGAUCUAUUGGUCAAUUCUGGUGUUGGCUAAGUUCUCAUAUCCUUUUUUGACGGUUUGGGAAUUUUAGAAGAAAGCAAUGAUGCUCCUUAAAAGAAUACCAUGCCAAUCCAAGGCAUUUGGCAGCAACGCGCAUCACAGUAUCAUUCUUAUGUAUCUGCUGCAGGAUGCUAGGGUUAAAUCCUAUGCAUUGAGGGGCACUUAAAUACUGCUCUAGCAUUCCUCCUGCAAUAGAAUGAUAACUGAAUGAUUCUAUCAUACCCUAGCACAAUCUACAGCUGAGGUUUGCAUGAAGAGCAUGUUUAGUUACCUGCUUGGAUUUUAUUCUGUUUAAUGGACCUUUUCAUUCUUGCUCUCAAGGUUUUAUUAGAGAGUGGCCAGCCCAUAGUAAACAAAUGGUUUUUGUAUGUAACAUUUUUUUAUUCAACAUGCCUUUAUUCUAUUACUAAAGCUCCAUUUAACAGAGGGCGCACCGCCAUGGUGUAAAAAGCAUGGUAGUUUGAAAGAUUCUGAUUUCUCACAAAGUAUGAUUUAGGUUAUGACCUUAUGGCCAUGUAAAGGAAUAAUGGAAUUGAAUCCUUCCUAAAACACGCAUGCACACCCGCUUGUGACAUAGUCCAAUUGGAUAGGGUGAAAUUGGCGAUCAACUUCUGCUUGUUAAGUUGGGUUGGGAGUGAUCCAGAGGAAACCACGAGGCGCAGUCUUGAACCCUUUUUGAAAAAAUCAUUUUGGGAGUGAUCUAAAGGAAACCACAUGAGGAUGAUACAGAAUCCUGUGAUGUAGUGCAAGUUUGUAUAUACAGAUCGGGAAAAAUGGUUGGGUUGAUUCUGGGGAAUGUUCAACAUCUCUACUGAGUUUAAGUACUUUUAAGUCAGGGGCUAGCUGAUCACAAGAAGAUUCUCUUUUUUUCAGUGCAAACUCAUUUCUUUGAAGUAAUGGACUGUUCAUUCAAGAUAUUUUAUGCAGUCCUUCAAAUUUGGCAUCCCCAUGGCUAAGUAUCUCACUCGCUUUUCUCUCUUUUUAUAUCUUUUCUCUCUCUCUCUCUCUCUCUCUCUCUCUAUCUCGCUAAACCUCUCUCGCCAUUCAAUCUCUCUUCUUCUCACCCAUCCUUCCCCGUUCAUUUAUUUUCGCCAUUUGUAACUCCUAUAGAUCAAAAAGUAAAUUCUUGGUAUUGCCGUAGUUGCCCCUAGUCUUUAGACAGGUAUUUCUGAUGAUGGCUUGGCAUUUGUUUAAUGUUGUAGAAAUGGGAGGAACUCAUCCUCCAUAACCUUAAAAUACUGUCUCUGAGUACAAUUUCAGCAGUUGUGUGAAAGCUCCGGAGGAAGUUCACUAUGCGCAUACCCAUAGCCAGCUCCACUGUUUGUUUUUGAUAUUCUAAUCUCGCUUUACAUGGAAAGGCCUCCUUUUACAAUACUCGGUUUUCUUCAGAUUAAAAUUGGCAUAGAAACAAUGGCACAAAGAAAUAUCUUCUAUGCAUCGCCAUUGCCUGAAUUCCAAAACGUGCAUCUCUCGAAUCCUCCAAAUGUCAAUCCCCAGAGGCACAUUGAAAGGACUAUGUUGGGAUCAAAUGAGCUAACGAUAAUGAAUUAUAAUGUGAAUUCCUCUCAUCCAAAUACUGCUAAUUCUAAUGCAAUUUGUGACAACUAUCAGCAUCCUAUUUUUACCAUCAGCAGUAACCAAAAUAUGACAUACCAAACUCAAAUUGUACCUUACUGCUACAAUCACAAUGCUAAUCAGACUGGGGUUACAAUGUUUUAUCCACCAGCAGCGAAUUCUAGGAUUGCAUUUAAAAGGAAGACUCCUGCACACCCAGUGUACCAGAAUCCCUAUGGGUAUCUGUCUACUGGAACUUCUUCCAACUUUCCAGUUCCCCCAAAUAGUUUUCAGCUGAAGCAUAUGCCGUUCUGUUCUAGCCCUCUACAUCCUAAUAGCAAUGUUUACAGGUACCAAGAUGAGACUCUUCUAUCUGUCGGUGAAGAAUUUCAGAGGAAUGUGAGAAUCCGGCAUAACAAUGCUCCUCAAGCAGAGCUGAACCCAGCAUGGCAACCUUCUUCAAGUAGACCAACACAGCUGUUGCACUCAUCAUCAAGCAUUUUAGCUGCCACUGUUGUUGGUGGUCCAUUGAACCGCAACUCUUUACCUGGAACAUAUUCCCAAAGGAAUCAUACUACAAAUCCUGGCUGGAAUCGGCCUGUUUCAAGCAAUGGUGUCUUUGGUAGCGAUACUGAACAGAAUAGUGCUUGGAACUCAGAUAACAGUAGAAACUCACAUUCAAGACUGCCUAAUCCGCAAGGUUCUGAUGCUCAAGCCACUUGGGGAUGUCCUACCAGUUAUGAUCGAAGGCUAGUUCUUAAUAGGACCUCUUCAAACUACACAAACCUGGCUGCUACCCAGAGUUAUGGCCCUUCCGGCAAUGGCUUUGUUUCAUCCUCUAGAAUUCCUCGGUCAAUUAAUCUUCAAAACAGCUCCACAAAUAGAGUUCUGAGGAACGUUAAUGCUGGCUGGCCAACUUUCAUUCCCGGUAAUGCACAGCGUGGAUGGACUUCUCAGGGCUUUUCUAUGACGGAUAUUUCUCGCUCUGCUUAUGCGCUCGAUUUGACUGAUGAACAUAGGGAUAUGAGACUCGACAUAGACAACAUGAGCUAUGAGGAGCUGCUCGUGUUGGAGGAGACUAUUGGAAAUGUGAGCACUGGUUUGUCAGAAGAUUAUCUCACCAAAUGCUUAACUGAAAGACUGUAUUGUUCAUCUGCAUCUGCCCAGGAUGAUAAGGAUGAAGAAGCCUGCUGCCCUAUAUGCUUGGAGGAGUUCAAGGAUAAUGAUAGUCAGGGAUUAAUGAAAUGCCCGCAUGUCUAUCAUUUCACCUGCAUCAAGAAGUGGUUAAAGUUGAAGAAAACCUGCCCAGUUUGCAAGGCUCCGGCGCUUGAUGAUGAGAAGCAGAAACAGACCGUUUCUUCAUGAUUAGCUAUAUCUUAACUUGCUAGAUAGUUGCUUGCAAUCUGCCUUUGAAAAUUGUAAAUAAGAUGGUAAAUUGCAGUAUAUUUUAGGGACUUACAGUUGCCAUUCGU